AUGAAUCCUGCUAGGUCCUGUUUCCCAAAACGCCAUCCUAUUUGUACUUCGAGUGCUCUCUUCGCCUCGCCUGAAUCUCAUAUUCACCAAAAGUGGAUUAAAAUCUGGUUAUGCGCAUCAUUUUGCGGUGAAGAUGAGACUCGGACGAGGGUCUUUGUGUAUUCGGGUCGAAUUGUGUCUGCUCGACCGGGGCACACGCCUUCGGGGCGCCAGAAAAGGAAGGACGAGUACGAUGGCGACGACGACGGCGAUGACGAAAACGACAGCGACGGCGACGGCGACGGCGACGGCGAGGAGGAGGAGGAAGAGUAUAUCGAAGAGGACGAUGUGAAUGCCGGAGACUGGGCGGAGUGUGGCGGCCAGCCGAGCAAAGAAGGGACUGCCGGUGGCUGGUGUCUUUGCGAUCGGCUCUUGGUGCCACCAUCAGACGAGGUUGCCGUUGGCGCUGGGCGGCCGAGGGUCGGCCGAAGGGUCUUCCAGUCCUCGGACACGUUGGAGACGGGCUGUUCGAGUCCGGCCGCCGAGGCCGUGUCCUCGAGGCCUCUCGAUGCGAUGAGCGGCGGCGAA